UGUGCCUAAGCAAAGAAACGCUCCAGCGCCAAGUCUCUCAGACUCCUGAAGUAGGAGCGACUCAGUAGGAGCUUCUGUAGCAGUUAUCAAAGGAGGAGAAGCGCUCCCCGAGGAAUUGACCGCCGAUCAGACGGGAGACACAGCACCAUAGCACGGACUGUCUCUUCAUGCAGAGACUGGAGCUUUUCCGAGAGGAUCCAGCGAUGCCACAGUGAAGGGAACUUUGAACUGACAACGUGCUCGGGCUUUCUGCAGCGCGCGAUUUGCUGUCAAGUCGCCUUUUUGAAAGAGAGAGACAGUUCUGAGGGGAAUAUCACAGCCUGAGACUUUCGUUGAAAAAAAAUAAAAUACUCCACUGCGAUUUGGAACAUCCUCUGGAAACACAAAUGGCUGUUGUUUCCUAAGUUGAGAUUGCAUCCCACUGCUGCGCAUGUUUUUGGACAUUUUCUAGAGGGUGCACGCAUCGACUGCUGGAAUACCACAGGGGACUGGCUGCACAAGACUUUCCUCCUCAGUGCAUGGACCGUGCGCUCUGGGACCUUGUCAAACCUGCGCGCGUCAGGCGUCGUUAAGAGAAGCCACGUUUAUAGAAGCCGUGCGUAAAAAUAACAUUGGCCAAGGCAGCCCUCAGUGCCGGGCGCGUGACAUUUAAAACUUGGUGAGUUACUCUUUUGUGCUCCCUCUCUCUCCCUCUCUCACUCUCCCGGGACGCUGCGGAUCUAUUCUGUCUCUUUAGAGAACACUUCAUUCCAUGCAGCUCUCGCCUCGGCCGCUGUCAUCCAGUGCAGACAGUUCGCCGUGGCUUCGAGUCCCCGGGGUAACCAUGACAACCGAAAGAAACCCAAAGUGAAUCCAAAGGGAGCGGGGUGAGGCCGGAGAGAGCGUGACUAGAGUUUUCCCCCCCAUUUGUUUUGUGCUUUUUUUUUCCUCUUCUGGUUCAGACUAAACACUUUGCGCAAAGCAGAUCCAACGCUGCGCUGCAGAGUUGCACCAGCGGGCGAACUGCAAAGUUGAAGGAGCCCGAAACAGCAAAGCACUCCGCUUCCAUGUCAUUCAAACCCGACGUGGUCUAUUAAAAGUAUCGCCUUGCUUGUGACUGAACUUCUACUAUUUAUGAAGCCCCGGGCUCGGCAUUGCAGAGAUCACAGUAACCGGGAAAAGAACUGAAUAUCAUUUACGUGAGAAGUGCCUGUGCGUAAAAGCAGCCAGGAAUAAUGGGCCUCUCACAAACGCUUCUCGUAUACGCGCUGGUGUGCGUUCACCUUGGAGUUUCCCAGCAUUACCUUCGCCUCCGUCCAUCGCCUAGUGACAACCUCCCGGUGCCCGAUCUGAAGGAGGACCCCGACCCGGAGUACGACCCCCGGGAGCAGGACUUGGCCGAGAGGACACUGAGGAAAAAGCUCGGCAGCAACUUCGACCCCAACUUCAUGUCCAUCAGCUCACCCAUGCUGGUGAACCUCUCCGCGGCAGACAACCAGGUGAAGCUGCAGGGGCCCAUGCCCAACGAGAUUAAAAAGCUGGACCUCACAGAGACCCCUUAUGGAAAGCGGGUAAAAGUGGGCAAGAAAGCCCGCAGGAAAUUUCUGCAGUGGCUGUGGACCUAUACGCACUGCCCAGUGGUGUACACCUGGAAGGAUUUGGGCGUGAGAUUCUGGCCACGUUACAUCAAGGAGGGAAACUGUUUCUCUGAGCGCUCUUGCUCCUUCCCAGAGGGGAUGUCCUGCAAGCCCGUGAAGUCAAUCAACAAGAUUUUCCUGCGGUGGUAUUGUCAGGGCUUUCUAAGACAGAAAUACUGUACGUGGAUACAGGUGCAAUACCCAAUCAUCUCAGAGUGCAAGUGUUCGUGCUGAUUUUCUCGAAGGACGUAGCGGAGGUCGAGGGGGGAGUGGACUGGAAAUACGGUUACUAUUGCACUGUUAACUCUCUACAGAGAUGGGCACCAUAGCAAAUCUAUUUUUUUAUAUAGCAUUUUAAGUGAAAUACCAACAUUGUACAUAUUUAAGAAAAAUGCAGCUAUUUUUUCUAAUUGAACCAGGACCAUAUUUUAUUCUCAUCCCUGAAACGUUGCUUUUUGGGGGAACACGAGCACUUCAUAAGGAAGAGCUUUUUUGUUGAUAUUUUUAUGAGACAUUGAAGAUGGAAUGCAUAUGCUACACUUCUCCAAGAGGUGAACUUCUUUUUUUUUUUUCAACUGAACAUUGAUGCUGACUGUUAUUUCACUGCAAUGCUGCCUAGAGUUUUUGUAUAAUAUUAAUAUCAAUAAUAAUUAAAUUGUAAAAAAAAAGAAAAGUUGAGGUUAAAGAUAUAUAUAAAGGAGUGAACUCAGCUUUUUUUGGAAUAUAUAGUAUUGUAGAAAUAAACAAAUCUGUAUGUUUUAUUUAUUAUUUUAACGAUUGUGAGUAUAGAGCAUAAGGAAAGAGAAUAGCAGAGUAUACCAGAAAAAAAUAUGGGAGAUGUCUACUUGAAUAUUUUUUAAAAUGACAAAAAAAUAAUAAAAAAGUAAAACAUAUCAGUGUACAUGUUAUGGUUACACGUUUUAGCAAUAAAGUCUAUCUUUUCAACAUGUAUUAGUCUCAAGCCAAUCUGCUUACAACGAGUGUCUAUAUCAGGGGGCGUGUACGCUGUAAAAUAUAUCAUCUGAACACGUUGUCUAAUACUAAAAUAUUUUCCUUGCAAGAGAAGUGUGCUGAUCGCUUUCGUGUUUCUACUG